AUGACGACUACAGAAAUUCACCUUUCCACAUAUGAUAUAGACCUUUCCAUUUUAAGUUUGGUCUAUAAUUGUGCGUUUGAAUUAACUCAGUUGAUUUCAACAAAAUCAACUGAGUCCUUUACACAUAAAAACGAAAACGGUGGCAAUUCCCAGCCACCUAAGAGGGCGCUUCGUCAAGAAGGCAUCAGAUUAAAUAUGCCAUCUGUUUGCACACUAGCAUCGCAACUUUGGGCGCAGGCACCGGCCUGCGUCCGCUCCCGAUAUGAGGAGCUUUUCCAUGAAGCUGAGGCCCUGCAUCAAUUGCAGUUCCCAA